CAAUGGCUUCCAUCUCUUCUCUCAAUCAAAUUCCUUGCAAAACUCUCCAAAUUACAUCCCAAUAUUCAAAAAUUUCAUCUUUACCCCUCACAUCCCCAAAUUUCCCAUCAAAAACUGAACUACACAGAUCAAUUUCAAUCAAAGAAUUCACAAACCCAAAACCAAAAUUCACAGCACAAGCCACAAAUUACGACAAGGAAGAUGAGUGGGGUCCGGAACUGGAGCAAAUAAAUCCAGGUGGAGUAGCAGUUGUGGAGGAAGAACCACCAAAAGAGCCGAGUGAAAUGGAGAAGCUGAAGAAGCAAUUGACGGAUUCUUUUUAUGGAACUAAUAGGGGUUUGAGUGCUAGCAGUGAAACUAGGGCUGAGAUCGUUGAACUUAUUACUCAGCUUGAAUCGAAGAACCCUACUCCAGCACCUACUGAAGCCUUGUCUCUUCUUAAUGGCAAAUGGAUUCUUGCGUACACAUCUUUUUCUGGUUUGUUCCCUUUGUUGGCAAGGGGAAAUCUGCUUCCGGUUCGAGUUGAGGAGAUUUCCCAGACCAUUGAUGCUGAGACUUUAACCGUCCAAAAUUCUGUUGUCUUUGCUGGGCCUUUAUCUACAACUUCCAUUAGCACCAAUGCCAAGUUCGAAGUCAGAAGUCCUAAACGUCUCCAGAUCAACUUCGAAGAAGGCAUAAUAGGAACACCCCAGUUGACAGAUUCUAUUGAGUUGCCUGAGAACGUCGAAUUCUUGGGACAAAAGAUUGAUCUUAGCCCCUUCAAAGGCUUGAUUACUUCAGUCCAGGACACAGCUACCUCAGUAGCCAAGUCCAUUUCAAGUCAACCACCAAUCAAGUUUCCUAUUUCCAACAGCUAUGCACAAUCAUGGUUGCUGACAACAUACUUGGAUGCUGAGCUUAGGAUUUCCAGAGGAGAUGCUGGCAGUAUUUUUGUGUUGAUCAAGGAAGGCAGUCCCCUCUUGAAGCCUUAAAGAGAGACAUGUUCUCAGAGUCGUGCAUGAUCUAAGUAUACAUAAGCGAGCUAGCAAUAGAAAUUGGAAAAAAAUAAUGGAGUAAACUAGAAAUAAAUUUUUCCUUAUGUCAAAUUCUAUAGGUGCCUUGGCCUCGUGAUUUGUACCUAUGGUAUGUAUCAAAUAUUGAAAAAUAGAAAUAUAGGUUGAAAGAAGUUAA